AACGGCUCAAUGCUGAGAGCUCAGAUGGACACCUCAUGCCAGGACCUGUGUCGCUCACUCGCCAGCCAAAAUGAAAACAUAGACAUCUCACAGUCGGUGCUCUACACCUCCCUCAUGGGCUUGUUGCUGGUGGCUGACAAAGAGAGAGAGCUAACACUGGGCAGUGGACAAGUUGGACUGCAUAAUGCUGGGAACACAUGUUUUCUGAAUGCCAUUGUGCAGUGUCUUUCCCACACUCAGGGUCUUAGAGACUACUGUCUGACUAAAACCUAUCUUCAGGACAUGUGCUCCAGUCAAGAGCCAGAGCUGAUGAAUGAAUUCACCAAAGUUUUGGAAGGGCUGUGGUGCACAGAUGAAGGGAAAAGGACAGUCAAUCCUGAACAGUUCUAUUGUGUCUUUAAAGAGGCUAUGCCUUACUUCAGUGGAUACAGUCAGCAGGAUGCUCAGGAGUUCUUGCGAUUCCUUUUGGACCGUUUACAUACAGAAAUCAACCGCCGACCCUCACAUCACCCUGCCAUCUUUACCACUCCUGAGCCCAGCUACACCCGAUUCAGGAUUUCAGAAGAAGCAGCUGCUAUGUGGAAGAAACAUGUGGACAAGGAUGACAGUAUAAUUGUAGAUUUGUUCUCAGGACAGCUGCGCAGCUCGCUGCACUGCACUGUCUGCUCACACUACUCCAACACCUUUGAUGUGUUCUGUGAUCUGUCCUUGUCUAUCCCAAAGACGAGUGACUCCAGAGCAGGUGUAACCCUUCGGGAAUGUCUGGAUCUGUUCUCACACGAGGAAAAACUCAGCAAAGAAAAUUCGCCUAUGUGUGAGAAGUGUAAUCGUCGCACAGAAACUACAAAAAGUCUAACCAUCCAGAGAUUCCCUAAAAUCCUGGUUAUACACUUAAAGCGCUUUACAGCAUCAAGGUAUUCAAUCCGGAAAAGCACAGUACCAGUGUCAUUCCCGCUUACUGAUCUUGACUUGGGACCUUUUGGACCGAGUGACUGUGGCCCAGUGCUGUAUGACCUAUAUGCUCUAUGCAACCACACUGGCACUGUGAACAUGGGUCAUUACACAGCUGUCUGCAAAGAAGAGGAAGGCUGGUGCUGCUAUAAUGACUCGUGUGUUACCCAAAUAUCUGAGGACCAGCUUCAGUCCAGCCAGGUGUAUCUUCUCUUCUACAAACUUAAAAACAGUAUGGCCUCCAGGAAAUGA